UUUUUCUUUAUCUGGUGUUAAUUACUGCAUGUAGAUAGGCUAUAGUUAAUUUCUAAAGCAAAAUGCAGCUGUGCCGUAUUUAAAUUGAUUUUGCCGACCCUAACUAGCAGAACAAUUCCUUAAUUGUUUGCUGAAAACCUAACAAAAUAAUUGGAUAAAAGUUUAUUUGUUAAUUAAAACAACCACAAGCGCGCAUAAAAUUAGCGAGAAAUCGAUUUACAACUGUUGUGGUGAAGGCAGUGUUUUCUUUAUGCAUGACGCUAUGCAUCGGUUUUUAUUGAUUUCCCUGUUUUCCACCCUGGUUUCAUGGGUUCUUGUGAAUGCCCAGUUUCCCAGAGUGUGCUCCACUGUGGAAGCGAUUGUUUCCAAACAGUGCUGUCCUCCGCUUAGCUCUGAUCCUGGAGACGUGUGUGGAUCUUCAUCGGGACGAGGGAAUUGCACAAACGUGAGGGUGGAUGAGAAGCCUUGGAGUGGACCCUACAGACUACGGAAUGUAGAUGACCGUGAAAGAUGGCCCAUCAAAUUCUUCAACCGGACCUGCAGGUGUUCGGGGAACUUUGCUGGAUACAACUGCGGAGAAUGCAAGUUUGGUUGGACUGGUCCCAACUGCGAGCAGAGAAAGCCUCCUGUUGUUCGAAAGAACAUUCAUUCUUUAACUCCACUUGAACUGGAGGAGUUUCUUGACGCACUCGAUCGAGCAAAGAACACCACUCACCCUGACUUUGUGGUCGCAACCCAACACUGGCUGGGCAUGCUCGGACCAAACGGAACCGAUCCACAGGUCGCUAAUAUCUCUGUCUAUAAUUAUUUUGUGUGGCUGCACUACUACUCCGUUAGAGACACUCUGCUGGGGCCUGGCCGUCCCUUUAAAGCAAUCGAUUUUUCACACCAAGGGCCUGCCUUCAUUACCUGGCACAGAUACCACCUGCUACAGCUGGAAAGAGAUCUUCAGAAGCUAACUGGAAAUGACAGUUUUGCCAUUCCUUAUUGGAAUUUUGCCACUGGAUCGAAUGAAUGUGAUGUCUGUACGGAUUUGCUUUUAGGAGGAUCACGUUCAGAUGAACCAGACCUGAUCAGUCCUGGUUCAAGAUUCUCAAACUGGGGGAUUGUUUGCAACAGCCUAGAUGAAUAUAACAAGCUGGUUACUCUCUGUAAUGGAACCAAUGAAGGUGUGCUGAGGAGAAACCCAUUUGAAAGGGCCAAUGUUCGUCUUCCAACCAUGGACGAUGUGCAGAGCUGUCUCUCCAUUAGGGAUUUUGAUAGCCCACCUUAUUUUCAGAACUCUACUUUCAGUUUCAGGAAUGCACUUGAAGGAUUUGAUAAACCUGAUGGCGAAUUCGACUCCUCUGUGACUAACCUUCAUAACCUGGUCCACUCAUUUCUCAAUGGAACCAGUGCUCUGUCCCACUCUGCUGCCAAUGAUCCUAUUUUUGUGGUUCUGCAUGCUUUUACUGAUGCCAUUUUUGAUGAGUGGAUGAAACGGUUUGCUCCAUCCAACUCUUCCUGGCCCGAUGAACUGGCUCCUAUUGGUCACAACAGAGAUUACAACAUGGUACCAUUUUUUCCUCCAGUAACUAAUGAAGAUCUUUUUGUGACAUCAGAACAACUGGGGUAUUCCUACGCUAUUGAUCUCCCAGGUGAUGCUUCUGCAGCAGCCGUUCUGCUGGGAUCUGCCCUUGGUGGUGCCUUUUUGGGACUCCUCCUUUUACUUCUGCUAUUAGGUCUUUUCAUAAAGAGAAGACCAAAACAAGGCUUUGAACCUCUACUAAAAGCAGAGUUCACAAACAAAAAGUAUACUGAAGAAGCUUAGUCCCAUUUUGUAAUUGUAAUCGAUUGUUUAUCUUAUUUUUUUUUCUGCAUCCUGUGAAACUAGUGAGGUAACUGAUAGAUUUAUGUAGUACAUAAUCAUGAAAUGUCAAGUGAGAAACUGCUUUAUUUCUACAUAACUAUUUUUUUUGUACAAAAACUGUUAAGGUGCUGUUUUUGAAAAGUUUUGCAUUAAAUCUUUCAACAAGC